CAUUGUCCGGCGGGCGGCGAGUCCCGCGGUCCCGGUAGCGGGAGCGGCUCUCUGGUUCAGGUUCACAUCGGGCGCCUGUCCUCGACCUGUCGGCCCAGGAUGGACCCCGAGGAGGAAGCGGCGGCACUGGAGAUGGCUACGGGGCCGCCGGCGGAACGGCUCCAGGAGCCGGUGACUUUCCGGGACGUAGCUGUGGACUUCACCCAGGAGGAGUGGGGGCAGCUGGGCCCUGCCCAGAGGACCCUGUACCGUGACGUGAUGCUGGAGACCUUCGGGCACCUGCUCUCUGUGGGGCCUGAGCUUCCCAAACCUGAAGUCAUCUCCCAGCUGGAACGAGGGGCUGAGCUAUGGGUGGCAGAGAGAGGAACUGCCCAGGGCUGCUGUCCAGGCUGGGAGCCUGGACCUGAGGGCCGAGCACCGCCCCAGGAGCAGGGCCUUCCUGAGGAGAAGGGGCGGGAAGGCUUCCUGGGGGAGGCUCCACGUCCCGCUACACCGGGGGAAGACUGGGAACGUGAGGACCGGGUACAGGGGCCCGAGAAGGACCAGGGUAAUUUGAGGCAAUUGGAAUUCAGCCUCAAGGAAGCACUGGUUCAAGAUGGAAGCCAUGAAAGUCUCAGACUUGGGGAAAACUGUGUCCUGCGUCCAAACCCAAAUCCCCUCACAGAGACUUCCAGGACAGAGUGUUUGUGUGCUCCCGACUCAGGGCUUACAAGCUCGCAGCAGAACCCGAGUCCAGCCGGUGAGCGGAUGGGCUCCUUGGGAGGACAGCCGCGUGACAACAGUGACCGCAGCAACUCUUCUGGUCAGGCGGUUCUGGAACCAGAACCCGAGCCUGCGCGCAGCCAGGUGCCGGACAAACCCUACAAGUGCGCGGACUGCGGCAAGUCCUUCAACCACAACGCGCACCUCACGGUGCACCGGAGGAUCCACACGGGUGAGCGGCCGUACGCGUGCAAGGAGUGCGGCAAGGCCUUCAGCCAGAACUCCUCGCUGGUGCAGCACGAGCGCAUCCACACGGGCCACAAGCCCUACAAGUGCGCGGACUGCGGCAAGUCGUUCUGCCACAGCACGCACCUCACGGUGCACCGGAGGAUCCACACCGGGGAGAAGCCCUACGCGUGCCAGGACUGCGGGCGGGCCUUCAACCAGAACUCGUCCCUGGGCCGCCACCGGCGCACGCACACCGGGGAGAAGCCGUUCACCUGCAGCGUGUGCGGCAAGGCCUUCUCACGCACCACGUGCCUGUUCCUGCAUCUGAGGACGCACACGGCCGAGAGACCCUACGAGUGCAGCCGCUGCGGCAAGGGCUUCCGGCACAGCUCGUCCCUGGCGCAGCACCAGCGCAAGCACGUGGUCCACACGGGGGCCAAGCCCCAUGAAUGCAAGGAGUGCAGCAAGACCUUCAGCCGCAGCACCCACCUGACCCAGCACCGGCGUGUGCACACGGGCGAGCGGGCCUACGCGUGCGAGGAGUGCGGCAAGGCCUUCAGCCGGCUCACCCACCUGACCCAGCACCAGAGGAUCCACACCGGGGAGAAGCCCUAUGCGUGCGAGAAGUGCGGCAAGACCUUCAGCCGCAGCACCCACCUGACCCAGCACCGGUGUGUGCACACGGGCGAGCGGCCCUACGCGUGCGAGGAGUGCGGCAAGGCCUUCAGCCGCAGCACCCACCUGACCCAGCACCUGCGUGUGCACACGGGCGAGUGGCCCUACGCGUGCGAGGAGUGCGGCAAGGCCUUCAGCCACAGCACCCACCUGACCCAGCACCGGUGUGUGCACACGGGCGAGCGGCCCUACGCGUGCGAGGAGUGCGGCAAGGCCUUCAGCCACAGCACCCACCUGACCCAGCACCUGCGUGUGCACACGGGCGAGCGGCCCUACGCGUGCGAGGAGUGCGGCAAGGCCUUCAGCCGCAGCACCCACCUGACCCAGCACCUGCGUGUGCACACGGGCGAGCGGCCCUACGCAUGCGAGGAGUGCGGCAAACCCUUCAGCCAGAGCACCCACCUGACCCAGCACCUGUGCAUGCACACAGGGGAGAAGCCCUACAGGUGCGACGCCUGCGGCUGAGCCUUCAGUGACUGCUCGGCUCUGAUCCGGCACCUGAGGAUCCACUCCGGAGAGAAGCCCUAUCAGUGUCAGGUUUGUCCAAAGGCCUUUGCACAGAGCUCGUCCCUCAUCGAGCACCAGAGGGUCCACACGGGGGAGAAGCCCUACAAGUGCAGCGACUGUGGGAAGGCCUUCGGCUGCAUCUCAGCCCUCAGGGUUCACCUGCGGGUCCACAUCACCGUCCUGCAGUGGCCGAGGAAGCCUCUCCACAGCGGCUCAGCAUCGAAGAGAAACCUGAGUUCUGAAAGAGCUGGGAGGGACGGGGCGGGUGACUGAUGAAUCCUCCCCAAAUGACCAGGUGCUAAAGGGCAAACUCUGGGGCUGUCCGGGAGCAACUCUUCAUUCUGGAACCCAGGUGGAGGCCCCUGAUGAACAUAAAGCUAUUCAGGUCAGCUGGCGAAGCUUCCAGAAGGCUCCUGCUGCCCUCCAUACCCCACUCACGCCCAUCUCAGAGAGAGGACAGCUGAGCUGAGGAUGUGGAUUGGUCCUCGGAGCCAAGGCAGUCAGGGUCAAGUUGCUCUCAGGACUCAGUGGUCCCUGGAUGCUUGGGGCGGGGAGGCUCCAGCUUCACAUUCCCACGUGGCGUCUCUUCUUGCCUGUUCCUCCCCCGCGUAGCCCAGGAGGGACACCUGCCCACGCCCACCUCUGUGCCUUCGCACGUGCUGUUUCCCUCCACCUGUUCACGUUGACUCCAAGGCCAGCUUGUGAGGCUGCCUUUUCCAGACCCUCAGCCUCUAUCGCAUUUUCCGUGUCCUGAGGGUAUGGCUGGCCACUUGCCUGGCAUCCGUUUCUACCCCCCUCUCCUUCCACAUCCCACCAUCAGCCGGCCCUGUUGCUCUUGCUUACAACCACCUCUGCUCCAUCUUCUCCACCACUGUUUCCUUAUGCGAGCCCACAUCACCUGUCACCUGGAUUCCAGCAGGGGUCUCCUUCCUGACCCCUCCCUGCUUUCAUCACACACACAUGCACACACCACACACGUCACAGACCACACGUCUACACGCACCACACACAUAAUACAUGCACCACACACGUAAUACGCACACCACACACACACCCACACCACACAUAAUACACCACACCACACAUAAUACACCACACACAUAAUACACACACCACACACACAAUACACACACCACACAUAAUACACACACCACACACAUCACAGACCAUACAUCUACACACACCACACACAUAAUACACACACCACACACA